AGCGAUGGCCAGGAGAGGUAAGAAGCCGGUGGUGCGGACUCUGGAGGAUCUGACGCUGGACUCGGGUUAUGGUGGCGCGGCGGACUCGGUGCGCUCCUCCAACUUGUCCCUGUGCUGUUCCGACUCGCACCCAGCGUCCCCGUAUGGCGGGAGCGGCUGGCCGCCCCUAGCUGACUCCAUGCACAGCCGGCACAACAGCUUCGACACUGUCAACACUGCCCUGGUGGAAGACUCCGAGGGGCUGGACUGCGCCGGCCAGCACUGCUCGCGGCUGCUGCCGGACCUCGACGAGGUCCCCUGGACCCUGCAGGAGCUGGAGGCGCUGCUGCUGCGCGCGCGGGACCCCCGGGCGGGCCCGGCGCCCCCCGGGGGCCUGUCCAAAGACGCGCUGGCCAGGCUGUCGGUGAUGGUGAGCCGGGCGCUGGUGCGCAUCGCCAAAGAGGCGCAGCGCCUGAGCCUGCGCUUCGCCAAGUGCACCAAGUACGAGAUCCAGAGCGCCAUGGAGAUCGUGCUGUCGUGGGGCCUGGCGGCGCACUGCACGGCGGCCGCACUGGCCGCGCUGUCCCUCUACAACAUGAGCAGCGCGGGCGGCGACCGCCUGGGCCGCGGCAAGUCGGCGCGCUGCGGCCUCACCUUCUCCGUGGGCCGCGUGUACCGCUGGAUGGUGGACAGCCGCGUGGCGCUGCGCAUCCACGAGCACGCCGCCAUCUACCUGACCGCCUGCAUGGAGAGCCUCUUUCGGGACAUCCACGCGCGGGUCGUGACCUCCGGGCUGCCCCGCAGCUGCGGCGGCCCUGGCCCUGGCCCUGGCCCUGGCCCCGGCUCCGGCUCCAGCUCAGGCCCGGGCUCGGGCUCGGGCCCCGGCUCGGCUCCCUCGGCCGAGAAGGAGCGGGAGGCACCUGCGGGGGGAGCGGCGAGCGGCAGCGCCUGCAGCGCGACCAGCAGCGCCAGCGGGGGCAGCAGCUGUUGCGCCCCGCCCGCCCCAGCCUCAGCCUCAGCCGCCGGCCCUCUGCCGGCCGCCGCCCCCAACCUCCAUCAUCACCACCACCACGCGUUCCACGAAGCGCCCAAGUUCACGGUGGAGACGCUGGAGCACACGGUCAACAACGACUCGGAGAUCUGGGGGCUUCUGCAGCCCUACCAGCACCUCAUCUGCGGCAAGAACGCCAACGGAGUGCUGUGCCUGCCUGACAGCCUAAACCUUCACCGGGACCCUCAGCGGGCAAACAAGCCAGGAGAGCUGCCCCUGUUCAGCCAGUCGGAGCUGAGGACCAUUGAGCAGUCCUUGCUGGCCACCCGCGUGGGCAGCAUCACUGAGCUGAGUGACCUGGUAUCCCGAGCCAUGCAUCACCUGCAGCCCCUCAACGCUAAGCACCAUGGCAAUGGCACCCCCCUGCACAACAAGCAGGGGGCGCUCUACUGGGAACCUGAAGCCCUGUACACCCUUUGCUAUUUCAUGCACUGCCCACAAAUGGAAUGGGAAAAUCCUAACGUGGAGCCUUCCAAAGUCAACCUCCAGGUGGAAAGGCCCUUCCUCGUGCUGCCGCCGCUGAUGGAGUGGAUCCGGGUGGCCGUGGCACACGCCGGCCACCGCCGCAGCUUCUCUAUGGACAGCGACGACGUUCGCCAGGCGGCCCGACUGCUGCUGCCCGGCGUGGACUGCGAGCCGCGCCAGCUCAGGGCUGAUGACUGCUUUUGUGCCUCCCGGAAGCUGGACGCAGUGGCCAUUGAAGCCAAAUUUAAGCAGGACCUGGGCUUCCGGAUGCUGAACUGUGGACGGACAGACCUGGUGAAGCAGGCAGUGUCUCUCUUGGGGCCUGAUGGGAUCAACACCAUGAGUGAACAGGGCAUGACCCCCCUGAUGUACGCCUGUGUCCGUGGAGAUGAGGCAAUGGUACAGAUGCUAUUGGAUGCUGGAGCUGACCUGAACGUGGAGGUUGUCAGUACUCCUCAUAAAUAUCCUUCCGUCCACCCCGAGACCCGCCAUUGGACGGCUCUGACUUUUGCUGUGUUGCAUGGACAUAUUCCUGUAGUUCAGCUCCUCCUGGAUGCCGGGGCCAAGGUGGAAGGCUCUGUGGAGGCUGGUGAGGAGAACUACUCAGAAACGCCCCUACAACUGGCAGCUGCAGUUGGAAACUUUGAGCUGGUUAGUUUGCUGUUGGAGCGUGGUGCGGACCCCUUGAUAGGAACCAUGUACAGGAAUGGAAUUUCUACCACUCCCCAGGGGGAUAUGAACUCUUUCAGCCAGGCCGCAGCGCAUGGACACAGGAAUGUCUUCCGCAAACUGCUCGCUCAGCCAGAGAAGGAGAAGAGCGAUAUCCUGUCCCUGGAGGAGAUUCUGGCCGAGGGGACUGACCUGGCGGAGACCACCCCGCCCCCCCUGUGUGCCAGCCGCAACAGCAAGGCCAAACUGAGAGCCCUGAGGGAGGCCAUGUAUCACAGCGCUGAGCAUGGCUACGUGGAUGUCACAAUUGAUAUCAGGAGCAUAGGCGUCCCAUGGACUCUGCACACGUGGCUGGAGUCUCUGCGAAUCGCGUUCCAACAGCACCGCCGGCCGCUCAUCCAGUGCCUGCUCAAGGAGUUCAAGACCAUCCAGGAGGAAGAGUACACGGAGGAGCUCAUCACCCAGGGCCUGCCGCUGAUGUUCGAGAUCCUGAAAGCCAGCAAGAAUGAGGUGAUCAGCCAACAACUGUGUGUCAUCUUCACUCACUGCUAUGGGCCCUACCCCAUCCCCAAGCUCACGGAGAUCAAGCGGAAGCAAACCUCUCGUUUGGAUCCUCAUUUCCUUAACAAUAAAGAAAUGUCUGAUGUCACUUUUCUGGUGGAAGGAAGGCCAUUUUAUGCUCACAAAGUGCUGUUAUUUACAGCCUCCCCAAGGUUCAAAGCUCUCCUCUCCAGCAGACCAACAAAUGACAGCACCUGCAUCGAGAUCGGUUAUGUGAAGUACCCCAUCUUUCAGCUGGUCAUGCAGUAUCUCUACUAUGGUGGCCCAGAGUCUCUUCUCAUUAAAAACAACGAGAUCAUGGAGCUUCUGUCGGCUGCUAAGUUUUUCCAGCUAGAGGCUUUGCAGCGGCACUGCGAGAUCAUCUGUGCAAAAGGGAUCAACACAGACAACUGUGUGGACAUUUACAACCAUGCCAAGUUCCUUGGUGUCACAGAGCUCUCAGCAUAUUGUGAAGGCUACUUUCUCAAAAACAUGAUGGUCCUUAUUGAAAACGAAGCAUUCAAGCAGCUCCUCUAUGACAAAAAUGGUGAAGGGACGGGCCAGGAUGUGCUCCAGGACUUACAGAGGACGUUGGCCAUCAGGAUUCAGUCCAUCCACUUGUCCUCUUCCAAAGGCUCUGUGGUGUGAGACACUGGGUGCUGGGAACGCUCCCCGGGGAGCCUUCCAGGUCUCCUGCCACACUGGCUUCACACAGACACCUGCGAAUGAACUUUCACCUGGUGGCGGCGACUGGGGCUGGGCUGAGGGGCUGCCUCUACUGCCUCCUCUCCUCUUGAAUCAGCUUGAAUCAGCAAGUUCAGACCCUAUAAGCUCCAGCUGACAAACAAAAGGCCACUCCAACAGUCUGCAGCUCGGGCCAGAGCUUGAAGGUUUCACCCCAGGGCAAUCAAAGAAGCCCAUUUGGUUACAGCCCUGGGACCACUGUGGCUGGAAUGGAGGAACUGAGAUGUAAACAUGGUUCCAGUUCCUUGUGGGCAAGUGGAAAACUCACUCUACUGACCUCUAAGUAUCAUAUUACCCAUGACAAGGACCUCAAUUGCUGCAAAAAGUCAGCUGAGGUGACAGGAGGGUGAGACUGUUACCAGCCAGGAAAAAAUCAUUUGGCAACUUUUUAGGGGUCAGGACUUUUUAAAACAUUAAUAAAGGAAAAACAACAAACCAGCCAACAGGGCAACCUUGUAGUUUAAAAAAAAUAUAUUUCUAAAAGCUUAACAAUUCCUUUUCAACCUAAUCGUGUUUCACGAUCUGUGUUUUGAGGUCCUUCUUUUUGUUAGACCAGUCAGUCACAGGUCCACCCUGUUUAAACAUGCAUCUGACAAGAUAUUGCUGAUACUCUUUAUAAGGUGAAAUUAUCUUGCCUUAGUGAUCAUGGUUACACUCAAGAGGUGCACUGCCAGUAAUUAUCUCUAAUCCAGUAGUUGAAAACAGCCUGCAUGCUAAUCGUGGAUUGGGUGACAGUACAAUACACCCCCCACAUAACAAACAUGCAUUUGCAUGGGCCCGAACCUGUAAAAUAUUACGUUCGUGCUUCAUGUCUGCCAAGGUAAAGCUUUUCCAUUACUUCUUGCACAGAGUCCAUUUGUUGAAACCAACAUAUCCAUUCGUCUCUUGAUUAUGAAUGAUUCCAGGAUGCUUUUACAGAACUGUGUUCCUAGAUUAUCCAGAAUUGCGGAAUAGGGGAGCAGGGGCGGGUGGGGGGAGCACGUCAGAGAAUUUACUAAUACUCCCAGAGUUUUCUCUGUAUUCUCAGAAGAUGUGAAUAGUUUGUUACUAGCCAGAGAACAUAACUAUGUUAGAUUAUUUUUCAAGAGGAAACAUGUAUGAUAGGACAGGUUCUUUUCUGUAUUCCGAGAGUGUACAGUAUGAAAGCUUCUAUCGACAGAGUUCUGUUUGCUCUGCCAUAUAUUAUAAACAACAAAGAUUAGUGAAGUGCCACAAUAUUCCAAAUACUUUUUUGAGUUGCUGCCUUCUUUUUUUUCCCCUGGCCCUUUCAUUGGAAGCCUCAAUAUAUGCAGUAAACGCCAGGAAAAUGACUUACCCUGGGGGGGACGGUGGCGGAGUUCCAUGGAUCACCCCAUUUCCUAGCAUGCAUUUGGGAAGUCAUGCACAGAUUCUAAAGGAGCUGCUUCUCAUCCCCUUACGUGUGCCAGCUCCUGGAGCCUUUGUCCUGAGGAUCAGCAUCCUGUUCCGUGGCUGUGGCCCAUGGAGGGCUCAGGUCAUGUAUCGUCUGCAACAUUUGACUCAUCUGUGUGGCCAGUACAACAGCAGGCCUGGUCAUUUGCAAAAGCUCCCCAGACCCUACCAUCAUAUGUAGGAAGGGGAAGAACUGCUGCCAAGUCCAAGUACAGAUCCACUGUCAGACCUUGUCCCUGUUCUCAGAGACUCUGUGUGGGUGUCCCCGUAGCCCCACACCAACUUCCCGUGAAUGUCUCCUGCUAGCUGGGCCUCUGGGUAAUGGCCUGCACCAGGGCAACUCCUGAUCGGCUUCUGUUAUCCUUUGGUGUGCUUUCUCUGUCAUUAAAUCAAGUGAUUUUUCCCCCAA